AUGGUUGAAAGAACUUGCGAAUCGAUAUCGGUGAACAUUCCAUGGAAGUCUUUGUUUGCUGUCUUCGUAUCACUCAUUGAAGUGUAUAACAACAGUAUAUACGAUCUACUUCAAGAUGUUUCAGACUUACCAGGAAGGAAUUUAACAACUCGGAUAUUGCGGGAAGAUUCCCAAAGAAAUGUGUAUGUUUAUGGAGGGGUUGAAGUAGAAGUUAAGUCGGCCGACGAGGCUCUUGAUGUGUUUUGUGCAGGUCAGAAACGCCGCCGAAUAGGACAGACGGCAUUGAAUGUUGAGUCCAGUCGCAGCCAUUGUGUUUUUACUAUUCGACUGGUGAGGACGGGUUAUGAUACCAAGUAUGACGAAGCUGUCCAAGAUAAGGAGUCCGUCGUCAUCAGUCAUUUAUGCCUUGUGGACCUCGCUGGUUCCGAACGUACAAGCCGUAGUGGAACGCAGGGGAAUCGCUUGAAGGAAGCAUCCAACAUUAACAAUUCCCUAAUGAAUCUUCGGAAGUGCAUCAAAGCCUUGCGUGAUAUUCAAACUUAUGGAAGUAAAAGUCGGGGAACCACAACUACUCCUGUUGGACACACACGUGUUGUUCCCUACCGUGAUGCUCGGUUAACAUAUCUUUUUAAGAACUUCUUUGAGGGCGAUGGUCGCGUUGCAAUGCUUGUUUGCAUUCAGCAAGCACCAGAAGAAUACGAGGAAACCAUGCACGUCCUUAAAUUUGCUGAGACAAGUCAGGAAUUAACAACCUACCGCAAUAUCGUCCAACCAACCCCUUUCCGUGCACCCUACAGCCAGAUCCGUCCACGACUACAAACUCCCUUGCGUGUUUCUGACGAUUCUUCAAGUACAACAGAAAAUUCUGUCAUAACUGUUAAUAUUGAUGAUCAAGCUACUCAAAUUUUUGCUGAUUUGGAUUUCUUGGAUCGUGAAGUCACUUCUUGUUUAAACAAAAUGUCUAACGGCGAUAAUCUGUCUCCCUAUGAAAGUGAACAAGACUCAGCACCUGAACAAGACAGGUUACCAAGGCCAUUCCUCGAUUUAAAAAUAAUUGACACAAAUCCUUUACGAGCUUUAAUCAAUCGUCGAUUAGAACGCAAGAAGCAGGCUUAUGAUUCUUUGCAAACAUUAUUUCCUAGUCUCCAGGCUCUAUUCAUUGAAUUAUUGAAUAAUGAAAAGCAUAUCAGUCCAGAAGUUGUCACAACAAAUCAACCGAAACCCGGAAGGAAUUUAGUCAGUACAUUAUCCAAACAGGUCGCAUUGACUCCUGGUAAACCAAAUGAAAGACGUGCUGCUCCAGCGUUUAAUCCUCGUCACCGUCGGUCUCGAUCAGUCGGUGGGGAUAAUGCACGUUGGUUAGAGCAUCAAGAAGCUAAUAAUACACCUUUAGGCACAAUAUUUACACCAAAUUUGAAACAUCGGAAAUCUGUUACACGUGUUGAACUAAAAGAUACUUUGAAUGCGGAUAACUAUCUUUUACAUCAUCAAGAGGCAGAUUCAGAUGGUAACGUUGAAACAAGUCUUUUUAAAGGUGCCAUUAUUCCUACUGCUGGUGGCGGUUCGGCUGUUGUUUUUAAUGAUGUAGAAGUUUUACGUCAGUCUUCUCCAGGCCACGAACAAAGGAAAAGUAGUCGCCCCAGAGGCGUUGAUGCUCAUUUGAAACAAGUUAUAAGCGAAACUUCUCGUCGAUCAGGGAUAAAACGUCGCUAUUCUAAUUCACCGACAAGAAGACCUUCUAAUGAAUCUGUCUCAACACAUAGUUCUCAAAGCACAAUGGCAUCUGACUAUUGUCCUAUGAGUCCGUCUAUAGAAAAAAUCUCAACAGCUUAUAAUGAUGCUAAAUGUUAUAUCGGCAUUGACUGUAAUGGAGGAAUGGGCUUACGAAAAAGGUCCAGAUUGUAA